AUGGAAUCUAGAAGCCCCAAACUCACCCUCGUGGUCUGGGCACAACAGGACGGUUACUUGUCCCGUCUUACAGACAAGCAGACCGAGGCUCGCUGGGCCCGGCUCUCCUGUGGGGGGGUCAGUCCCUGCAGGGGCCCAGGGGCUGGUUUUCUCAGGGUUCUGCUCUCUCUCUCUCCUCCCACAGGGGCCCAGAGCAGCAGCGGCAUCAACCUCAAGAAGCAGAGAAGCCGAAGCAUCUUCAGCUCCUUGUUCUGCUGUUUCCGCAGCUACGAUGUGGACACCACCUCUGUCCACAGCACGAGCAGCAGCUACGUGCUGCCCCCCGUGGUGGAGGAGAAUGGGGGGCUUCAAAAGGGCGACCAGAAGCAAGCCGUUCCCGUGCCGAGCCCUUUGGUGAAGUACCUCCUCCCAGAACUGUCGGUGCCAGACUUCGGCAAGAAGUGCAUGGUCAUCGACCUCGACGAGACCCUGGUGCACAGCUCGUUCAAGCCCAUCAGCAAUGCCGAUUUUAUCGUUCCGGUUGAAAUCGAUGGAACCAUACACCAAGUCUACGUGCUGAAGAGACCCCACGUGGACGAGUUUCUGCAGAGGAUGGGGCAGCUCUUCGAGUGUGUCCUUUUCACCGCCAGCCUGGCCAAGUAUGCAGACCCUGUGGCAGACCUGCUGGACCGCUGGGGGGUGUUCCGGGCCAGGCUCUUUCGAGAGUCCUGUGUCUUCCACCGAGGAAACUAUGUGAAAGACCUUAGCCAGCUGGGGCGCGAACUGAACAAAGUGAUCAUCAUUGAUAAUUCUCCGGCCUCUUACGUCUUCCACCCAGAGAAUGCAGUCCCUGUGCAGUCCUGGUUUGACGACAUGAGCGACACUGAGUUGCUGGACCUAAUUCCCUUCUUUGAAGGACUGAGUCAAGAGGAAGACGUCUACUGCAUGCUUCGGAAACUCUGCCACAGGUAGCCCUGGGCUCGUCCCUCCUUCCAACCUGGCUGGGGCUGUUGCCAAAACCACACCCAGCUAUUUGGUCCGGGAGCCGACCUCCACUGUCCACGCCUGGAAAUGGAUGCUGGGAGGAGGAGGUUUCUGCCAGAGCUGGAAGGAAAAUGAGCCUGGGUAGCGCUCAUCGUCAUCAUCACCGUCAUCACUAACACCAGUGAGCAGAGGGCCUCACUGGCCUUCAGAAGCUUCCUGUCUGUCUCCUCAAGUGUGGUCGAUCAUGCCUCUUUUUAAAAAGGAAAAGAAAAUCACUAUUUUAAAAGGAACUCUUUUCAUGAAUUUCAUAAAUAGAAACACGUUUUACGGGAUCGCUUUUUCUUAAAACAUACCAAAAAAAUGAAUGAAUCUUGAUGUGUUUCAACCGUUGAACCCCUGCUCCCAACUGUCCUUGGGACGUUGCCGACAUUCAGACCUUCUCCCUCUCUUUCCUGCUUAGAGCAGUUGAACUGACUCUGAGUCUCUUUCCUACUGAAUGAAGUGCCUUUGGAAUGUUAUUUUGAGAUAAAAGUUAAUUUUUGUAUACUGAGUAUUUCCAGACAUCUUUUAAUCUUUUAUUGUCUAACUGCUUUAAAAAAAAGAAAGAGAGAGAGAGAAAGAGAGCGUUUUAUAGAGCACUGUAAUAUAUAAUAACUAAAGAAACGGAAAAACAGGGCAGCUGAGGUGCUGGGGCCCUUCUGCACGCAGGUCUGGAGACGCCGCCACGUUUCCACGUCGGGCUUAAGAUCUUGGCAUCUUGUGAUGUUGCUCCGGUUCCAUGUUCGUCCUCGUUGUCCCCAUCCAUUGUGACAGCUUUGAGGCUCUCCGCGUUUGUGCGACCUGAGCAUCCUAGAGAAUGUUUCAUGGCAUGGAGUUUUGGGUUGAUGUUUUUUAAGUGGUCACAGAUUGGGCUUUUCAUCCCCUUUCCCCGCAAAGAAGGGGGAAUCUCAUCUCUUCUCCUGCCCAGCUGCCAUCCAGGCAUGAUUUGCAAUGUGAUGACAAAACCCCCAUUCUCUUCGGAGGCCAAAAAAAAAAGUCUCUCUAAAAACCUUUCCUUUCAAAGAGCCUAUUGGGGUAAGCUGGAUAUACCUGUCAAGCUAUUCUGGGAGUUUUCAUUGCUGCUACCAUUCCAUCAGCCGAUGGAACUGGCCCUGGCGGCUGUGAUACUGUUCUUUGCCACCGUGCCUACGCCAAAAACCCACUUGCUUUGACCUGCCAAUGCGGGAAAUCUUCUCCCCCAAGUGGAGGCACCCACUGGAUGCAGGAGCUCUCUUGUUCCAACUUCUUGAGAAAUUUCAAAUAACAAAAGUAAAGCAUCUCUCCAUGGCAUUCGUUUGAUAUUCAAGAUGGCGGCACACUCACUGCUGGGAUCCGUUGGCUACCAUCCUCGUGCCAAGCAACAAUGGGGAAGAGUUCACCUCCAGAAGUCCUGGAGCAGGGAGGGAAGCUGGGCAUCUUCCCUAGAUCCAGCUGCUAGGGCUGGCCUCAGGAGGAGCCGGAGAAGAGGGAAGGAGAUGGCACUCGUUCCUCGUCCAGCCCAGAGCACGCAUGAUGCUUUUCCACGAGGUCUGAAAGCUGUGCCAUGAAACUUGUUGCAAAGUAAGACCAUCUGGACAGCAUUGUUUCUGAAAGAACCAGCCAAUCUUGGGUACAAGUGCCAUCCCCCCACACUGUGCCCCUUCUCCACCAUCGCAGCUCUGAAGGAGAAAGGGCUUAGGAAUGCCUGGAUGGUGUACAUUUUAUCGGAGCUCAAAAUUCUUCUUUUGCUUUCACUUGGAAUGUGGAGGGAUGAACCCAGCUGCCAAAAAGCGUGCCCUCUGUAUGGUGAAUGGCUGCCAUGGGGAACUUGGGCUGCCAUACGGUCUGAAGGGAGACAUCCAGGCGGGACCUCGGGGCCCAAGAACGAGCUGGCGUUUCCAUUCCAUGACAGCCGUGGGCAGAGCCGUUGUUCAGUGCUCAUUCAUCCAACCAGUGAUUGAUUGAACCCAUUGCCUUAAAUGUCUGUGAAUGAAUGUUGAUCCUAAGUGUCUUUCACGUCUCAAGUCCCUACGUCCACAGACAUGUGAACUUCUGUUCUGACCUCCGGCAGACAGAUGAAUUUCGACAAGACACAACCAAAUCAUGUUCUUUCUUGGCUUCCCUGGAUGCCCUUGGAAGAGGGUAGAGAGCCUUUAAAUUCACAGAGCAGGGAAGGCUGGUGCCCGAAGUUGUCUGCCCUCUCCAGCUGGGAGGAUGAGGCUGAAACCCUGCCCAUCUGGAGGGUUUCCUGACUUAGUCAGGUGGGAAGGGGUGAGCAGGCAUGACCCACUGCACCGCCUGGCUUCCUCAGCCCAGCUAGGUGGGGGCCCACCUUGAGAUGUCGUCUUCAUUUCCCGCACGGCAGUUGGUGCCAGACACCCAUCUUUAAAGCACCUCCCUACACUUUAAUGAAGCAAUAGGCCAGAAAAUGAAUAGAAUGUUUGCUUUAAAAAGGAAAAAUGGAUACGGGUAUUCUUAAUUGUUGCCAUGUGUAAAUUUAGAGGCAUUCAAAACAACAAAAGGUUAAAAAUGUUUUCUCUACAUGUGCCAUAUGUCCCCCCCCAAUCACCAAAGCAGCCCCUAGUUCAGUUUUCUGUUGAGCCCAAGGAAAAGGGCAGCCCCUCUGGAGGUCCAUAGUCCUUUACCUGCUGGGCUGCCAGGUGUCAUGCCUACAUGUAGCCUUUGUGGAUGCCAAGCUGGCAGGCAGGACACUUGGGUUCUGGAAAUCCAAGAUAGGGUGGCCACAUGAAGUGUCAGUAAACCAAGGCCACGUGUCUCUGGACACUGUCAGGGUUCCCCUGUUGCUGUUCCUGUGGCCUCCCCCUAUGGUUUUCUGAGCAGUGUUUUUGUUCAUGACAAAGAAGGGUCCCCUGCUCCUCGGGGCACCAGGAGAGGCAGAUGGCAUGGGCUUAUAGACAAGAGAGCUCCUGGACGCAGCUGUGUGACUUCCAAACAUACACAGUCUUCUCCUUUUUCAAAGGCCAAGCUGCAGCCCCUGGUCAGCCACAGGGGCUGCUGAUUUCCAAGGUGCUGGGAGGAGAGGGAGAGGGCGCUGCUUGAGAUUCUCUUGGCUAUCUAUGCAAACUAAGCUGUUGGGUAUUUGUUCCAUUUUUGCUGUAACCGUGGUGGGUGCCAUCUGUCUUUGGUCCAUCCUUCUGGGCACCUUCUUUGUAGAGUAACACACGCUCAGCAGCGGGCACACUGCUUAUCUGGAGAGGUAUGGGUCUGUGGGUACCUCACUGCCAGAAGAAGCCCUGGAGAAGCGAGGGCCGCAGGAGGAGGGAGCCGUCACUCCUCAGGGGUACGAUGCUUUCCUCACUGUCAAAAAUAAAAGUUUUUACCAAUGGA